UCCGAAAGUGAUGGCAACCCUUUUCUGUGACCAAACGGGCCACAAAAUGGCCUUCUCCUCCUCCUUCUCUUCCACUUUCAAACCUUGUUCCUUCACUCUCUGCAACUCCCCCUCUACUCUUUCUUCCAACUUCAACACUUUCUCCCAUGGCUUUCUCAUCUUAUCACCUCACAAACUCUCACCAUUUCUUCAACUUCAACCACACAUCUCAUCUCCCAUGGAAACUAAAGCUUCAAUCGCAGGACAACAUUCAAAAUCCGCAAUUAGUCGAAGGAUUAUCGACAAAAUCGAACGUGGGUUAUCAUCUAAAGAUCAAAGGGUAGAGAAAAAACCAGUGGAAAUUGACAAAAGGGUUGUUAAAGAGAAAGAUAAGAAUUCAAGAAACAGAUUUGAUUCUAAAAAGAAGAGAUAUAAUGGUUCUGGGUCUUCAUCUUUCAAGUCUAAAGAUGAAAAUACUGCGAAAAAAUAUGUGAAAAUGGAUAAGGGGGAUGAGGGUGAUGAUCCAGGGAUGAAGAAGAGGGUAAAAAGGUCAAAAAAGGGGAAAUUUGAAUCACCUGUAGUUGUGCUUCGUGUUGGUUUGGAAAUUUGUUCGAAACGAGGGGAUGUUAUGGGUGCUAUUGGAAUUUAUGAUUUAGCAAAAAGAGAAGGUAUAAAGUUAGGGCAAUACCAUUAUGGUGUCAUCUUGUAUCUUUGUUCUUCAGCUGCUGUAGGUGUUGUUCAGCCUGCAAAAAGUGGGAGAUCAGACACAAUUUCGAGCAAAAUCGAGUUAUCCAACUAUAAUUCUGGGAAUCUUGAAGAACCUACCAAGAUUCAUGUGGGAUUAGAGACAGUUUUUCAGACCUUAGAUGGAUUGAUUCGCUUGAUAAACGAUCACAAGGACUCGAAUUAUAGAAAUGGGAUUAGAGUAGGUGAGGAUGUUAAAGAGUAUACACUCAAAAGGGGUUUCGAAAUCUAUGAGGAAAUGGUUUCUGAUGAAAUCCCUAUGACUGAAGCAAUCUUGACAUCCUUAGCUAGAAUGGCGAUGUCUAGAGAUAACGGUCAAAUGGCAUUCGAUAUGGUAAAGAAAAUGAAAGAUUUGGGGAUAAACCCCAGAUUACGAUCAUAUGGACCUGCUUUAUCUGUUUUUUGUAGAACUGGAAAUCUUGAAAAGGCGUUUGAGGUCGAAGAACAUAUGUUAUCUCAUGGGGUUUUUCCAGAAGAGCCUGAAUUGGAAGCACUUUUGAGAGUGAGUAUUGAAGCUGGUAGAAAUGAUAAAGUUUAUUACUUGUUGCAUAAAUUAAGAACAAGUGUAAGAAAAGUCUUGCCUUCUACUGCAGAUGUGAUUGAGAAUUGGUUUAAAAGCACGACUGCUUCAAGAAUUGGCAGAAGAAAAUGGGAUGAAGAUUUGAUAAACAAAUCGGUUGAAAAUGGAGGUGGAGGCUGGCAUGGGCAAGGCUGGUUGGGUAAAGGAAAGUGGUCUGUAACGAGAUCGUUUGUUGGAAAAGACGGAUUAUGUCAAUGUUGUGGUGAGAAACUGGCGACCAUCGAUCUUGAUCCGAUAGAAACCGAAAGGUUUGCUGAAUCAGUUGCUAGAAUCGCUAAAGAAAGAGAUAGAAAUUCAAGCUUUGAGAAAUUUCAAAAAUGGCUGGAUUACUACGGACCAUUUGAGGCAGUCGUAGAUGGAGCAAAUGUCGGUCUUUUCAGCCAGAGAAGAUUCAAACCAUCGAAGGUGAAUACCAUAGCAAAUGGCAUCAGGCAGAUGCUUCCUUCCAAGAAAUGGCCACUGGUUAUCCUCCACAACAGGCGUGUAACCGGGGAUAAGAUGGAUGAAGGGGUUAAUAAGACGCUAGUCGAAAAGUGGAAAACUGCUGAUGCACUCUACGCAACACCUACAGGGUCGAAUGAUGAUUGGUACUGGUUGUAUGCAGCUAUAAAGUCUAAGUGCUUACUUGUGACCAAUGAUGAAAUGAGAGACCAUUUGUUUCAACUCCUGGGGAAUGAUUUUUUCCCUAAAUGGAAAGAAAGACAUCAGGUGCGAUUCAACUUUUCUGAUACGGGUCCAGUGUAUCACAUGCCUCCUCCAUGUUCAGUUGUGAUUCAGGAGUCGAGAAAAGGCCAUUGGCAUAUUCCUAUUGCUUCAGAACAAGAUUCUGAAGAGGAGAGAGUGUGGCUAUGUGUUACGCGUGAUACUUCUAGUAAAGCUAGCCAAGAAUGUAUCAGUGUAGCCAAAGAAAUGGAAGGAAAGGGACUUACAGGGUCUGCUUCUGGAACUGAAGCACAGUCGAAGGAUGGCAGCCAUGAUAGCUAUAAGCAGACACCUCAAGAAAUCUGUGGAAAUCUAAAAGCUCUUUUGCAAUAUCAUCCUGUAAAUCAAGAUACAAUUUUGACACAAAUCACAUCAGCAGAGAAGCAUGGUGACUGUGUUAUAGAAUUUCAAAUAUGAUGUGUUAUGGGUGUCUGACUUUUAAGCCCUUGACUUUGACCGACAAGCUGAACCAAGAUUUUCUUGAAGAAACCUACAAUUGCAUUCUGGGAUUCUGCCAUUUAAUUCUGUAAGGGUCAUUUUUGUAAAAAUACAUGUCGAGGGGUCAAGUUUGCAUGCAUCCCACAUCCAUACUCUAGGUCUCUACUUUUUAGUGGGAUAUAUUGAGUUGGUUUGGUCUUAAUUAAUGAUCUAGUCUGGAACUGGAUUAGGAUAUCUAAAAUACCAUCAUUUUGCUGCAUUUUCCGAUUGGGAUUUUGGUGCCUGGCAAAACCAGAAAUAAAAGAGAUUGUCGCACACAAACAUUACUGCAAAAUUUCUAUUUAUGCAAAACCAACUUUCAUCU